UUCCAUGGUUUCCAAGAAGAAUUAAAGAACUAGACAGAUUUGCUAAUCAGAUCCUGAGCUACGGUUCAGAGCUGGAUUCCGAUCACCCAGGCUUCACUGAUCCUGUUUACAGAGAGAGGAGGAAGGAAUUUGCUGAUAUUGCUUUUCAUUACAAGCAUGGACAGCCAAUUCCACAAGUGGAAUAUACAGCAGCCGAGAGAAGAACUUGGGGGACAAUCUUCAGAGAACUAGUCAAACUGUAUCCCACCCAUGCAUGCCGUGAGUUCAAUCAUGUAUUCCCGCUGCUGGUUGAAAACUGUGGGUUCAGGGAAGACAACAUUCCUCAGUUGCAAGACAUCUCCGAUUUCCUGAAAGACUGUACUGGAUUCACCCUGAGACCGGUAGCUGGUCUGUUAUCUUCGCGAGACUUUCUUGCUGGGCUUGCCUUCAGGGUGUUCCACUCCACGCAGUACAUAAGACAUGCCUCGAAGCCCAAUUACACACCUGAGCCGGACGUUUGCCAUGAGCUUCUGGGUCAUGUCCCCUUGUUCGCAGACAACUCGUUUGCUCAGUUCUCCCAGGAGAUUGGACUUGCUAGUCUCGGGGCACCAGAUGAUAUUAUUAAGAAAUUAGCCACACUGUAUUGGUUUACUGUGGAGUUUGGACUCUGCCGACAAGAUGGACAACUAAAAGCAUUUGGUGCUGGACUUCUCUCUUCAUUUGGUGAAUUGCAGUACUGUCUCAGUGAUAAGCCAUCGAUUCGACCUUUUGACCCCAACCAGACUUCAGUGCAAGAAUAUCCCAUCACUUCUUUUCAGCCAGUCUACUAUGUGGCCGACAGCUUUGAUGAUGCAAAAGCCAAAUUAAGACAAUUUGCUGCCACCAUUCCCCGGCCAUUUAGUGUCCGGUACAAUCCUUACACCCAGAGUGUGGAAGUUAUCAACAGCAAGGAGCAGAUAAUUGAUCUGAGCAAAGACAUCAAAGGUGACUUAUCCCUGCUGCAAGAUGCCCUGGCUAAAAUUGGAUCUUAA